UUUUAGUUCAAAUCAGUUGUACUGGUCACUUAGUCUGGCCGUGGCUUCAUAUAAAAGAAUCAUAUUGGCAUACCGGAUUAGUUUAUGUUCGGUGGGCGCACUUGUAACACUGGAUAGCAACAUGAAGACUUUAAUAUUUUUCGCAGCCGCCGUUGCCAUGGCGUCAGCCACUGGCGAGGAGAAGCUCCUCAACGAUGGAAACAACGUGUUUACCGCCAACAUGUUUACGGAGGUGGUGAAAGAACAGCCAGGCAAGAGCAUGGUGAUGUCUGCCUUCUCCGUCCUGCAGCCGCUGGCCCAGCUGGCCAUGGCCUCCGUCGGCGAAUCCCACGACCAGAUCCUCAAGGUCAUCGGCCUGCCUAACGACAAUGUGACUAAAAUCGUGUUCCCUAAAGUGUCCGCUCAACUCCGUGCUGUGAAGGGAGUGCAACUGAGCAUGGCCAACAAAAUAUACAUUCCUACCGGCGCUGAGGUCAAGGAAGAUUUUGCCGCUCUCUCAAAGAGUAUUUUUGGGUCGGAAUUCAAGAACAUUGAUUUUACCAAGAAUGUGCCAGCUGCUAAGGAAAUUAACUCAUGGGUGGAGGAUCAAACGAACCACAAAAUCAAGGACUUAGUCAACGCCGACUCCUUAGGAGCUGACACCCGUGCGGUGCUCGUCAACGCUCUGUAUUUCAAGGGACAAUGGGACAAAAAAUUCAACGAGAAACUCACUUCUGAUCAAGACUUCCAUGUAACUAAAGACAAGACAGUUAAAGUGCCGAUGAUGUACAAGAAAGAUGAUUUCAAAUACGCCGAGAGCGAAGAGCUCGAUGCUAAGCUCUUGGAACUGCCAUACAAAGAAAAGGAGGCGUCUUUCCUUAUUGUCCUCCCCAACGAAAUCGAUGGUUUGGCAGCUUUGCAAGAGAAACUGAAGGACCCCACCGCCUUGGACAAGGCUGUUGCUCAGAUGCGCGAGGUGGAAGUCAACGUGCACCUACCCAAGUUCAAGAUUGAAAGUACUAUCAACCUGAAGAAUGUUCUGCAGAAGAUGGGAGUUACCAACCUUUUCGAUGCCUCCAAGGCCAGGUUGGACAACCUCUUGAAGAACGAGAACGGUCUCUUCGUCAGUGAUGCCAUCCAGAAGGCUUUCAUUGAAGUCAACGAGGAAGGAGCCGAAGCAGCUGCGGCUAACGUACAUCAAAUACUAGUCCCAAGACCUGGUCUUCCUCCGUUGGUAAUGGAUUUCCAUGCAGACAGACCUUUUUAUUUUGAAUUGAAAGCCACUUACAAAUUGUUCUGCGGUGUUAUAAAGUUUGGCAAUCUUUUCUCGUGUCGGAGUUCUCCCUAGUCCAAGAGCUGGACUUUGAAGCCAACCGUCCAUUUAUUUUCCAUCUUAGGCAAGGAGCCCGCACGCUUUUUAACGGAGUCGUCCAUUUCUAGAUUAUAAAUAUUAUAUAAGAUCAGUGUGGCUAAGACUUUUCUACUUUUAAAAAUGUCUAAAUGGAAAGGAACUAACCAGUUGUGUGCAUUUUUCAUAAUUCUCAGUGAAAAAUCAAAAUAAAAUGAAAUCUUUGUAAUCAAAAA